AUGAGCACCAAAACGAACAUAAACAUAAAGAACAAAUUUGACCGUGUCAUCGUGCUGGUCGACAUGGAUUGCUUCUACUGCCAGGUGGAGGAAAAACUGAACCCGGCAAUACAAGGCAAACCGAUAGCCGUGGUCCAGUACAAUCCUUGGCAGGGUGGAGGUAUCAUUGCCGUGAACUAUCCUGCGCGGGCCAAAGGCGUCACGCGCCACAUGCGCGGUGACGAGGCGAAACAACACUGCCCCGAAAUAGAGCUACCCCAAGUGCCACAAAUUCGAGGAAAAGCCGACCUCACCCGCUACCGAGAGGCCGGCAAAGCGGUGGCGGAUGUGUUGAAAAGCUUCACACCGCUCCUGGAACGGGCCAGUAUCGAUGAGGCGUACCUGGACAUAACGGAGCGUGUGUUGGGCCGAAUACGCGACAUGAACGAGGGUCGUUUUCAGCUGCUUCCGGACAAACUGGCGAACACGUUCGCGGUCGGUUAUGAGAACAUCGGAGAGUUCGUGAGGAAACUGUCCGACACAUACGAAUGUGGCGACCAAGGUGGCGUACCCGCGGACCAGUUGGAGGGUAAAAAGAGCGACAUCAAGCUGCUAGUGGGAGCCUCGAUCGUGAACGAAAUACGGGCCGCGGUAAAGGACCAGACGGGCUACGAGUGUUCGGCGGGUGUGGCACACAAUAAAAUUCUGGCCAAACUGACGGCCGGUUUCCACAAGCCGAACCAACAAACGAUCCUGCCGAUCGACAGCAUUGCGAAGCUGUACGAAACGUUGCCGGUGAAAAAGGUUAAGGGGCUCGGUGGCAAGUUGGGCGACCAGGUGUGCGAGCUGUUGAAGAUCCAGUUCAUGUCUGAGCUCGUCCAGUUUCCGGAAGCUUUGCUGCAGCAGCACUUUGACGAGCGGCUCGGUAGCUGGAUGUACCUGAUGGCCCGCGGUAUUGAUCUGGAGACAGUGACGGCUAAGUUUCACUCGAAGAGCAUCGGUUGCUGCAAGCGAUUCCCGGGCAAAAAUGCCAUUACGGGACUGGCCACACUGCAGCACUGGCUCAAUGAGCUUGCCACGGAGGUCGUGGAGAGGCUGGAGAAGGACUUGGACGAAAAUAAUCGCACGGCGAAACAGAUGACGGUCAGCUACAGCCAGCAGAUUGGCGAAGGGGAUGUUUCGAGCACCCGAAGUGUGCCGCUGGCCGUGUACGAGACGGAACGGAUCGCAUCGGAUGCGCUCGAGGCCAUCAAACGAAACACAGAGCGUUUCUUUAAGCAAGGCUCGAUGACGACCCUUCACAAUGCGAUUAAAUUCCUCGGCAUAAGUGUGGGCAAGUUUGAACCGAACGGGACGGCCAAAGGAGGAGGCAUUAAGGAAAUGUUUCAAAGCUAUUCAUCGAAGGUGAGCAAUGUUGAGCACACGAAAAGCACUUCCGAAGUAGCGUCGUGUUCUUCAAUAAACGCUACGAAUGUCUCAUCCGAUGUGGCUAGAGAGGAUCCGCCGCAGGAACCAAUUAAACCGACAAAAGAUAUAAAGCAUUUUCUUCAACAAGCAGCCAAGCUUCCGCAGUCUUCAACCAUCAAUGAUGGAAAACAGUCGGAAGAUCAGCUUGUUCCAGCCGCAAUCGAGGCGACGGAUGAUACAGUUACAGGUUUGCCAGUGCGAGAACCAACAAUAGUCGAACCGGUUCGGGUUAAGAAAGAUAUUAAAAGCUUUCUACGACAACGCUGCAACAGUACCCCACCUGGAACUCAAAAUAGCGAAAGCAAUUCUUUGACCGUUGAGGAGCAAAUAGUGGAAAGUAUCUGGGAAAACACGGACCAACUACAACAGCAGGCGAAGGCUUCGAAAGAAAGUGAAACCGAUUUAAGAAACCAACCGUCGUUAGAUACAACCGAAAGCCACAAAAAUUACACAGCAACUUACGCUGAAUUCAGUAUCCUGCCUCCCGAGCCAGUGUCCAUCGUAAAACUGCAGUGCUCGCAGUGCGGCAAACAAGUUCCCGAGAAUGACUAUCUGUCCCAUCAAGACUUCCACUACGCGCUGCAGCUGAGCCAGCAGCAGCGGGACGAGUUUCGGAGUGAUUUUAAAUCUAAACUAUUGACCGCAACGAGCACCACGAAGCCCUCACAAUCAUCUGCGGUCGCCGGUGGGCGACGACCUUCACUACCAACGUCCAGCACCAGUUCAAUUGCUCGAUUUCUCUCGAAAGUUUCAACCGACGCUACCCAAUCUAAGACACGCGAUAGGGACGAAGCAAAGGCUGGCAGUGACGGAGAAAUCGGAAACAGCACAAAGUGUCCCGAUUGUGGCAAACUGGUUCCCCAAGCAUCGAUGGCCGAGCAUGUAGAUUAUCACGUUGCCAAGCGGUUGCAGCAGGAACUGAACCGCUCGGAGGCAACGACUGCAGUGAGCGGUGCCGCGAGUGCCACUGCAAAACGGAAGCGCCAGGUGGAUGAAGUGCUGACACCGGCAAAGCAAAAACUCAAACCAGUCUCAUCAUACUUCUCGAAACUGUAA